GCGAGAUCCUUUUCUCUCUCUAGAGAAGUCUAGACUCUCGUAAGCAGUUUAUCCUGCAGAGUCAAGGUCAUUUCGAUAAAACGCCCGCGGGGCUCUCUGGAUACCGCCCAAAAUUCCCAAAACUAUAUAUACAUAUAUAUAUUUAUUCUCUCUAGAUAUAGUUUUCGAGUCAUUCGGAACGUGUUUUUUUCAAUGUAAAACUUCGCCUGCAAAUAUGCCUUUAUUGUGUACGAUGCAAUUAAAGUUCUGUGAUCAUUUAUAACUGAAACAAUACAUCUAAUAAUAAGUGAGUCAAGACAUUAAUAAAAAAAAAAAAAGAGAAAAACACUUUAUAAUAUCCUCAAGUUCAUAACGGUUGAAGAAUAUAAAUAUUUCAUUCAAGAGAGAUAUUAUAAAGAAAAUAAAAAGUUUUUUUGUGAGUGUUACUUUGUGGUAAGGAAAUCAGUUAAUGGACUUAUCGAACCGUGGUUCAGUCUUGUACGAGUAAUCGAUCCACUCCGGUAAUGCAGUAACCACGGAGAUAUAACCCAGAGAGAGAGAGAGAGGAGGAGAGGCAAAAGGAUAUAUACAAAGAAAUACAAAAUUACAAAAAAAAAAAAAAUUGAAAACCAAACACUUUUUUUACAAUUAUUUUGUAUAAAAAGUGUCUGUGCGUGUGUGUGUAAAAUUUUAAUACAAAAAAAACUGAAAAUCUAAUGUGAUUAAUUCAAAAGGAAAAAUUUAUUUUUCUUGGAAUAUAUAAGUGAAGUGGUUUUAUGGGAGUUUGUUUAUUGUAUUGAAUGAAGAGAUUAUUAGGAUGAUGGUGGAGCGUGUCGAGGGUCACCUCUUCAUGUAUCGACGCCCUAUUUACAGGGUCUUCCAGUAUCUCGAAACCUCUGACCAUGAGGGGAUGAGCACUGGAGGAGAUGGAGGUGGAGUUGGUGGAGUUCAAGGAGGGGGUGGGGGACGAAAUACUCCUCCACAUGGGUCACCCACCCCAAUGGAUAAAGCAACAUUAAAAGUUCAUUUACCAAAUGGAGGCUUUAACGUAGUGAAAUUCGGAGAUGCUAUUGACGUUAAAGGCAUUAUUUCUCUGGUCACAAGUAGAUUAGCUGUCGGCACGAGACAUUAUAAACAACUGUACGCUAUGAGACUUCAUCAUCCUGGCUCUGGAGAAAGUUAUUGGCUCCAUCAGGACACAACAAUGUACCAGGUUCAAGAAAAAUAUGAAAAGAAACAUCCACACAGUGAAUGGAGGUACGAAUUAAGGGUGCGCUAUCUACCUCAAAAUUUAAAUGAUCUUUAUGAAAAAGAUAAAGUCACCUUCUUCUACUAUUACGAUCAGGUUCGAAACGACUAUUUAAAUGCAAAUCAUUCGACGUUAGAUCAAGAUGUUGCGGUUCAAUUGUGUUGUUUAGAAAUUAGGUAUUUUUUUAAGGAUAUGCCACAAAUUGCUUUGGACAAGAAAAGCAAUUUGGAAUAUUUGGAACGAGAGGUCGGUUUACAUAAAUUUUUGCCACGCUCCGUACUAAAUGGAAUGAAACCCAAAGCUUUGAGGAAACUGAUACAGCAGCAUUUUAAAAAAGUUGCUGCCCUUUCAGAACUCGAGUGUAUGUUUAAAUUUUUCGAUCUCCUUCGUUCGCAUUACCGAUUUGAUCAGGAACGCUUUAUCUGCGCAUUGGGAUCGAGUUGGUCGAUUCCCGUGGAACUAGUCAUUGGUCCCGACCUUGGAAUUUCUUAUAUGGCUCACAGAGGAGGCACUGUUCCGACGAGAAUGACGGAAUUUUCGCAAAUUCAAUCAAUUCAAACACUUGUGUCGGAUUGCAAGGAACACACAAAAGCUUGUAUAAAAUUACGAGUCGCAGGAGCAGCGGAAACGUUAAGCAUCACUUGCUCGAGUUUAGAUCAAGCCGAAAGUUUAGCGGAUUUAAUUGAUGGAUACUGCAGAUUAGUCACUGGUAGUAAUACUUCUCUCUGGAAUAGAAAAGCUGCUUCAUGGAAAAAUUAUCCCUGCCCUUGCAAAGAUGCACAUCCACCCAAGUACCGACAAGAGGGCAACGAAAGCCCCGAGAAAAAUGCCGGCAAGACGGGAACAAUUUUGUCCGAGGAUUAUGCGGAAAUUGUUGACGAGGAAGGCGAUUAUUCCACUCCUGCGACGAGAGACUACGAGAUAGUGAGAAAUCAUGUUGAAUUGGGCGAAAUAAUAGGCGAGGGACAAUUUGGAAAUGUUCAUAAAGGAUCGUAUAAAGGACGCGAUGGACAAACAAUUGCCGUUGCUGUCAAAACUUGUAAAGUCGACGCUGAUUUAGCGACUGCCGAAAAGUUCCUUGAAGAAGCAUAUAUAAUGCAGCAGUUUGAACAUCCACAUAUUAUUAGAUUGAUAGGCGUGUGUUCGGAGGCACCAAUUUGGCUGGUUAUGGAAUUAGCGAGGCUUGGAGAAAUGCGUGCCUAUCUUCAAUCGAACAAGCACCGGCUUGAUUUGGCAACACUUUUACUCUAUACUUUUCAACUUAGCACCGCUUUAUCCUAUCUUGAAAGCAAAAAAUUCGUUCACAGAGAUAUUGCAGCGAGAAAUGUUCUUGUUUCGGCUCACAAUUGUGUGAAAUUAGCAGAUUUUGGACUGAGUCGUUGGGUGGAAGAUCAGAGUUAUUACACGGCGAGUAAAUGUAAACUUCCAAUAAAAUGGAUGGCGCCUGAAAGUAUAAAUUUCCGAAGAUUCACAACAUCCUCGGAUGUAUGGAUGUUUGGCGUUUGUAUGUGGGAAAUUUUGAUGUUGGGUGUAAAGCCAUUCCAGGGUGUCAAGAAUAAUGAAGUUAUUCGCAAGCUGGAAAAUGGCGAGAGGCUCGCUUUACCAAAUCACUGUCCACCUCGAUUAUAUUCAUUAAUGUCCCAAUGCUGGAGUUAUGAGCCAAGCAAAAGACCAACAUUCAAAGAUAUUCGUGAAACGUUACACGAAAUUCUGUUGGACGAGAAACAUCAACAGCAGGAGACAAUGAAGAGGGAAAAUCGAAGAGUUCAAGCAAUGUCGUGGGCCGGAGCCGACGAUAUUCCACCGCCAAAACCAUCGCGUCAACCUCCAAAUGCAGGCGAUCAAUUGCAAGUAGCACCCGUGUCAACGUACAUCGUGGCUCAAAGUCCCGAAGUUCUGGCUCAACUACUCAAGGAUAAUCAAGCCCGGGGGGUAUGUCCCUCAGUCUAUACAACGCCCGCCACUCCAUUCAAUAGUCUCGCUGUACAAUUCCAAGAUGAAGAUCAAGUUCUAACAACCGGCUCGGUUACAGACUUGCCCUUCUUUGAUCCCACAAUUGUCGAACAACCAUCAUCAUUAACAACAACAACAACAAUUUCCCAUCAUGAAAAUCAUUCCGCCGAUUCCACUUUAUCCGACAUAACAAAUCUUGAUUCCUUUGAUUCAUCCGAUACAAUGUCAUCGUCACACAUGUCCAGUCUCACAAUAUCCGAAUCCACACAAAAUCAAUCGCCCGCAUCAACUCGAAGCCAAAGGAUUAAAGAGAUGCAGAAUUUAUAUUCAGUCAGUUCAAAAAUCAUUGGCAAUGUAACUGGUGAUUUAUAUUCACCAGUGCAAAAAUUCGCCCCAGUUACCACUUCAUGUAGUGGAGAAAUUUAUGGACCCGUUGCUAAUUUUUCUCAAAGUUCAGCAAUUAUUGGCAAUCUCAGUCAAAGUCCAAGUGUUGGUGGUAAUUUUGGUGAAAAUCCAGGAACACAAUUAGUAGCUAGCUUAAGUAAUAAUGUCACACACAUUUCAUCAUCAUCCUCUUCAUCCUCAUCAUCAUCAUCAGUAAUGAGUCAAUCAUUUUCGGGUCAAAAUUCUAGUAAUAUAAUUUCAUCGAGUGUUGAAUGUCUUUAUGGACCGGUUCUUAAAUUUCGUGCGCAAACAGCUCAAAAUCAAUGUGAAAUAAAAUCAUCAACACCGCCUAAUGUCUCGCAUAUACAAAAUUCAAGAGUCUAUAGUCCAACGCCAAUGCAAAGUUAUCAAACACAAUCAUUGUAUCCACAAAAUUAUCAAAUUUAUUCAAAUCUACCUGGACAGGAUCAACAGGUUUAUAUUUCGCGUGCUCAAUGUGUGCAACGGCAAAAUUCACAAAAUUCCUAUCAAGCGCAACAAAAUUCAUAUUCACAGGCGCCAAUUUAUACGGUUCAUGCGACACCAACUGGAAUUGUUCAAGCGCAAAAAAUGCAAAUGCAAACUUGUAAUUCGCAACAACAAAAUCAAUUUUGUGUUCCGAGUGUUCAGCAUCAUUAUCAUCAUCAUCAACAGCAGCAGCAGCAGCAGCAUCAUCAUCAUCUUCAUCAACAGCCAAUUUGCAGACAAAAUUUGCCAAUUGGCAAAAUGACGAAUUUAAUUACACAAAAGACAGACGAAUUAUUGACGACAUCCAUUGACGGAACAUUGUCCGGCUCGUUAAUGUCGUCGGCCGUCAGCGACAGUACAGUGUCAUCAUGCAGUUCAAUGACUGAAGAGGUUCAGCAAGAACAGAGAAACGCACAAUCGCAAAUAUUUGAAAGUAGUGGAGAAAUUUUCAAUACCGGACUAGAGGAGGAAGCGAAACUUUUGGAGAAACGAUUAUUGGAACAGCAACGUCAAUCUGAGGAAGAUAGUCGAUGGCUUGCACGUGAAGAGAAACGACUUUCAAUUGCAACGAGUGGAGAUGAAAGUGCAAGUCCUCCAAUUCCACGAUCAGUGACACAGUCUCCUAGUCAUGAACCACAUACAACAAAUACUGGAUCUCUUGGAUCAGACAAAGGAUCUGAAAAAGUUAUAAUUGUCAAGAAAAUGGAACCAACACCAACAGCAGACCUCGAUAGAACCAACGAUAAAGUUUAUGACUGUACAACAUGUGUCGUUAGAGCUGUGAUGUCAUUAUCGCAAGGUGUUCAACAAAGUAAAGCGGACCAAUAUUUGGAGCUAGUUAGACGUGUAGGAAUUGAAUUACGAUCGCUUCUUUCAUCAGUGGACAGUCUAGUCGAAAUUUUGCCAGUUUCUGCUCAUCGUGAAGUUGAAAUGGCCCAUAAAGUUUUGAGCAAGGACAUGUUGGAACUUGUUUCAUCAUUGAGACUCGCUCAAAAUUACAGCGCAACAACUCUUGACGCCGAGUAUCGAAAGGGAAUGUUGUCAGCUGCACACGUUCUUGCAAUGGAUGCAAAAAAUCUUUUGGACGUUAUUGAUUCAAUUCGAAUACGUUAUCCAUAUGUUGACAAUCAAAUUUGUCAAAGGCAAAAUAAUGAUACAUUCAUUCGUGGUUCGACGCCUGAAAAUCGAAUUCGCUCGAGUCAAUCGGGUGAACAUCUUCUCAGGAGAAGUCAAUCGAGCGAAAGACAAGUUCACACCUUUCGACAAAGUCAAAGUGGUGAUGUUUUACAUCGUAUGGGACAAUCUGUUGAUCGCUCACUCCAGGACAGUCAAUCGGACUCGAGUGCUGUUUCAAGUUUAGAAAGACGUCAUCACAUGGUGACAAAUAGCCUCGAGAGAAAUUCAACGACACGACGACAAAUGGCGACAAAUAGCCUUGAAAGAAAACGUCCCUCACUAUCAAUAGGCACAGGUAAUUCCGUCAAUCUUCCACCAAUGAUUCCAGUCUCUUGUAACAUAGUCCAAACAAAAGCGCCAAUAAUACAUCCAAGCACAACACUAUCGUCCGAAGUUGUGCAAACCGUUUUUGCAAAUAACAAAGUCAUCAAUGAAUCACAACAGCAACAACAACAACAACAACACGAGAGCUAGCAAUACGGAAACACGCGUUGAGUACAAUUUUAGAUUUCCAUUUUAUAUGGUAACAAUUUCGUUACCAUUUUAUUUUAUUUUUUUUUUUUUUUAUUAAUUAAAUUCGAUUUUUUUACAAUUUUCGAUAAUUUCAAUUUUUUCUCUCAAAUUUAGAUAUUUUUUUUUUUUUUUUUUUUGGAGACGGAUAAAUCGGAAAAUUUGAAUUUUUAUCAAAAAAUAACUUUUUACAUUAAGAAAGAAAAUAUUUUUUUUUAUGUACAUUUUAUUUUUCUUUUUUUUUUUGAAAACGUACUUAUUUAAUAGGACAGUAUUCGUUAUUUGUAGAUCGUGUCUCUGUAGAUUAAGUUAUAUACAAUAUAUAGUACUGUAUAUCGAGAUCAACACUCCAAAGCUUUAGGAAUACAGUGUUAUUAUUAUUAUUUUGUUAACACAAUGAUGUACCAAACUCGAAUGCGGGUUGACACAAACGAGUCUAGUUUAAAUAUUAUAUAAAUAUUGUGUAUGUAAAUUUUUGUGGGGGGAAAAAAAACAAACUUUUUCACACUUUUCUGAUUUUACAAAAAAGAAAACAAAAAAAAAAAAAAAUUGUUGCUAUUGAAAAUUUUUAUGCGCUCUGUGUCAUCCCCCCUAGGUUGAUUCUAUAUUAGAUAUUUAUCGAAAGAAUGACAAAAAAAAAAAAAAAAAAAAAACAGUAAUAAUGGUAUAUUUAAUAAAGCAGUAAUGCGUUUUGUUUCCAACUUAGAAAAAAAAAAUUGUAAUCUUUAUAAAUUUCGAAAUUUUUUUGUUUUUAAAUUGAAAAAGAAUUUUUAAUUGAAAAAAAAAGUAUUUUUUCGAUUUUUUGUUAAGUAUUACAAUGUCAUUUUCUCUGGGCGAAAACAUUUUUUUUUUUUUUUUAUUUUGUUUUGCGAAACAUGUAAAGUGUAAGGAAAUGGGACUGAAUGUUAUUUUAGCUAUUAUUAGAACGAUUUAUAUAUAUAUUAUAUACAAGUUUGUGGCGUUUAUACAGAAUGUUUUGUAAAAUGUGGAAAAUGUUCUUUGACGCGUUAGUUCCUAUGAAAUAUUUUUCAGCUAUUUUAUAAAAUUCACUUUACAUUUUCACAGUUGUCGAAAGAAAAAGGUAAAAAAAAAAAAAAAAAUAGAGAGUGAGAAAGAGAAAAUGUUAAUUAACAGAUUUACAAUUUAAGAAAUCGAUUUAGAGAUGUGCAUUUCAAAUUUUUUUGUUUUCAAUUUAAUCGAAAUUUAAUCAAUUAUUUAUUUUUUAAUCUACUUUUUAUCUUUAUUUUACAAAAUCGGUGAUUUUUUUUUUUUGAAAAACAAAUUUUUAACAUUGAUUUUCCAUUUUAUUUAACAGUGAAAUUUUUAUUUUUACUAAAAUAAAUAAAUAAUAAAUUAAGUACUAAAUUUCCAUUGAAAUUUAAUUUAACUUUUAAUUUUUUUUAUUUUUAAAUAAUUUCCUUCGGGAGAAUAAUUUAGAAAAAUAAAAUUUUCGAUAACAAAAAAUAAAAUAAAAUAAAAAUUGCACAUCUUUAGUCGUUAUUGUUCCUGUGUAAAACGCCUUUUUGUGCAGUCUAUUCUUAGCAUAUUCGUCUCGCUAAAUAAAUAAAAAAUAAAUAUAUAAUGUAUCGUCUUCAACAUUUUUCUGGAACAACAUAUUUUUUUUUCUUAUUUAUUUUGUAACGAAAAAUUAAUUUAUCUCUUAUUUUUAACAAAAAAAAAGAGUAAAAAAAAAUUCGUUCUAGAAAAAUGUGAAUAAUUCUAAUUUAUAAAAAGCAAAAUCGAGGUUUUUUUUCUAUAAAAUAUAUAUAUAUAUAAUAUGCUACACGCACACACUAUAGAAAAUAUUUGUGCCAAGUCACAAAAAAAAAUUUUUUAGACUACAUAAAAAUAUUUUUCUUUUUUUUUUUCUAUAUUAUCGUAGAAAAAUAAACUCAGAGACUUAAAAAAAAAUGUCAGGCAGCAUUCUUCCUAAUUAGACGCUUAACAAUUUUUCAUAAAUAAUAUUAACGCUGCUAUCGUGUUAAAGGAUAAAAAAAAAAUAUUUCACAAAUUUGUAAAUAUUCCAUUUUGCAAAGCAUUAAAUUUUACAAGUUUUCAUGCAAAAAAAAAAAAAAAAAAAAAAAAUUAAAAAUAAGGUAUUCAAUUAAUACUCAAAUAUCAUUCUUAGUUUUCAUUAGAUUUUAUAGCAUUUCUUUUUUUUUACUAGGAAAAAAAAAGACACACAAGUCAUUUUUUAUUAAGUUUCUAUAUAUAAUUGCUCAGAAGAA